UCCACGCGGCCGCAUCUGGGCGGAGAGACGAAGCUCGGGGGAGGACGGAGAAGGGGAGCGGAGAUGAUCAUCACGGCGGCCCUGGAGGAGUGGAUAGGGCACAUGGCGGCGGGGGACGCGGCGAAGAUGGCCCGCUUCAGAGAGAUCUGCGGGUGGUUUCCCGACAUGGACACGCUCCACGACGCGGCGGCGAUUGGGAUCGCGGCGAUCCGGGCGACGGGGGAGGAGCGGGCGAGGAUGCUUGGAGACGGGGCUGCUCCUAUCGAGAUCCUUCACUGGGCUAUGAUGGAGGCGGAGUCGCCGGAUCCGUGGCAGAGGAGGAGAUGGGCUGCAUAUAGAUCCCGUGUGUCGUCCCCCCCACAUCCAGCGGAGUUUGUGGUGGGGCCGGUCAUGGUGAUCCUUGUACCGGGGCUGGUGGAGCAGGCGAUGCAGGGGAUGGGAGGAAUCGCCGUGCCUCCACCAAGGAGGGGGAGAGGCGUGCGCCCGGUUCAGAUGUCGCGUCGCUCUCCUCGCUUCCCUCGGCGCUCCGCGAGGAUUCGGGCGCUUGCUCGCGGGCCAGGCGGGCAGUAGGAGUCACUCUGGCCGGCACCCCCUUCUGGGUGCUAGCUAGAGAGGAUUUCAAUGAGGAAUCUUCUGCAGUGUUUGGGAAAAUCAAAGGGAGCUGAUGUGGGGAGUGAGGCUUCUAGAGCGAGUAUCAAGUGAAAUUUAUAGCGCUUGGAGAAGAUGGAAUCCGAGAGUGAUGAGACUUAUUGGUGGAUAACUGUGCACAUCUUGCUCUUGAAGAUGGUUUCAUUUCCAUUGUUGUCUUUGUAGGAGAUAUGCCCUAGAGGCAAUAAAAAAUGAUAUUAUUUAUCUCCGAGUUCGUAAUUAUGUUUA